AUGGUGGCGACAGGAACCUGCAACGCAUCAACUGUUGUCGGUGUCCCGCCAUGUGCGGCAGCAUCUCUUUUUUCUGAUGUUAUGUUUAUGAAGGAAUUUGGUGUCUCGGGACUUAUGACAUGUUGCUUACAGGAGAAUGCCUGCAAGCCAACGGACAUUGGAGCCGUGCGCCGCAUAACACUCAACAUUCCAAUGUACGUGGACAAAGUGCUUCGCGAAAAACUCAUAGAGGUAACUAAUGGAGCUCAUCAAAUGAUUUCUCGCAUGGAGUAUUUGCCAUGUGCAUGUGAUGAUAGGCGGCGCUCACCUUUCGGCUUCGAUGGAACACGUGUACUAAAAAGCGCCGUUACGACAUUCACUGUUACCAGAGUGACAACUAACCCUAACAAGUGUUUCGUAGAUGUUUCCACUAACUUCACAGUAGACGUGGCUCUCCCACCUGAGGGAACGGCGAGUACGAAGGAUGAAGUUUUAUUCAAUGAUAUCAAGCACUUUUGGCAGCAGUAUGUAGAACGAACUGUUCUGGCGGCUUCCGAGUAUCUUCUUUCGAUAGCCCUUCCGCGCAUAAAGCGGUCUGUCGAGGCAAUGUAUGACUCCGCGUAUCAUGACCUAGAAGAGGCUGUGUGCCGUCUGUCUGUGAACAGGGGCAAAGUACUUGAGCGUCCCGAAAUUUUGAGGAUCAUGGAAAAGGCCCUUGAUGCCUGGUCACACACCAGACGUGAACUCAAGCACCAGGAAAUGUUGAACCAUCGACUUGAGGAUGACUUUCAAGGUGCGAGAUUGGUGGCCGCUGCUGCAGCUUCUGCGGCUGCUGCGGCAGCUGCGGCGGCAUCGGAGAGCCAACAGAAGGAGCAGGAGUAUGUUGGGGUAUCAGCGGUUGGAAAAGCAGCAGAUCUUCCGCAACCGCGUGUCUCCGUGACGAGUGCUGGCAGGCGCCCCACUACUAAUAUAGAUGGUGGUAAAACAAUUUCAGGUGAGAGUGCCGCUGCUGAAACUAAAGCAGUGGAUGAAGGCUCAGAUAUAAUUGAGCACAAUCCAUUCUUCUCUCCCACUGGUGGGCGAACUCUCAGUGUUCAUCAAGUGGACGAAGAGGAAAAGGUGCUGAAUAAGGAAGCAUUAGAACUCGCAGCGCGUGAAGCGAGGUUGCAGGAUAUCAGCGCCCUAAUCGAGAGCUUCGUGACGGAUAAAGGCCUUGUCGACGAAGUGACCGCACAUGCGUUGUUUACUAAACUGGAUGUGAUGAGGAGAGGCUACGUCACUGAGCAAGAAGUUGUCAAGGUUCUCCGACAAUUGGAUCCACUAGGGGUAUACGAGGACAGAAAUGGGGCAAUGAAGAUGUUAGCCGCGUACCGAGAAGCUUUAAGUGUUGGAGUGUACAACAAGCAAGGUAGUGAAAAGGUCGAUUCUCCUCAUAGUAAAGGAUUGCAGAGUGGUGAUGACAUGGAGCAAGUCAGUUUAAUGUGCCAACCAUCCACCUUUUGUUCUGUCAAGGGUGGUUCAGGGUUCCUACCGGUGUCUGAUGAACUGAAAUCAGUGGAAGGGAACCGAGCCACCCUUAGCGCAGUGUUGCGACGUUAUUGUAACUUGAAAGAGGCAAUGCAAGAUGACGCGGUUAGGGCACGAGCGUCGGAGAUGUUACACAAAUACGCGUUUAAGGUUCGUGGAAGGCUCCACUACGAUGAGUUCUGCCUCAUGAUGCUACACGUUUUGAAGGAUUACUAA